GUGAUUGGUCAGUCUCGCUGUUAUUGUGGUGACAGCUGAGCUGCUCGGUGCUGUGGAGGACUUCAGCAGUUUGACACGUGACCGGUUACGCAACACGCCAGCGGUGAAAUUUACAUUUGACUGGUCGCUGCUGCGAGUGUGAAGGAUUCUCCUCGGGGAAGCAGCUCACCUGAGGCCUGUUGGACAAACAGACUAAAGGAGGAGGUAGAAAGCUCACCAUGGCAGGGGAUUCACAUCACUCUAGUGAAAAGAAAUGUCUCAACUAUUUUGGGAUGCUGACUCUCCACGAGGUCUUUCACAUCGUUGGUUCUCAACUGACAGAGAAUGACAUAGAGGUCCUCUGCUUCUUCCUGAAUGAAACCUGCACCGCCUCUCACCCAUUAGACCCUACCGACUGGACAGUUGAGCCCGAUGAGAACGACCUCAUCGGGGUCUCUCCAAGUCCUGAGCUACUUAAAGCCUGGAGACGGAUACAGCCCCAAAACCCCAAACAUCAGGCAGUGCCCUCAUUCAAGCCCAAAAGUGGUCUGGAGCUGCUGUUGGAGCUGGAGAGGAGAGGCUGUCUGAGUGAUGCUGAUCUGAAGCCCCUGCUUGAACUACUGAGAAUCAUCACACGUCAUGACCUGCUGCCUUUACUGUCGCGCAAGAAGAAGAGAGCAGUAUCUCCAGAAAGAUGUGCAAUAAGACAUGGGUCGCACUACGGAGAGUUGGUGUGUGCUUCCAUCAUGCAGCCCAGCUCCAGUGAACCUGAGGUGGUUCUUCCACAGGCCUUUACACAGCAGUUAAAUCCAGGUGAUGAACACCGCAGUUUGUCUGGGUUAACUCCCAGGAAGCGAAGGAAGAAGAGGGGCUACGGUUGGAGUCGCCGACCCAAAAAGACACAGAAGCCCAUGAAACCCCUGCCGCCGCCUCCUAGAGUGUCUUGCAAGAUCCGCCUGCGAGUCAGGGCCGAGUACCUGGAGCAUGAGUCGGCUCUCCGUGAAGGGGUCUCCUCCAACAAGCGUCAGCCCCUGGAGCGUCAGUUUGAGUUGUUCGGCCAAGCCACCUCGCUGCUGCGCUCCAGAGACCUGGGCUCCAUCGCCUGCGACAUCAAGUUCACAGAUGUGAAGAACCUGGACGCCUUCUGGAACGACUACCUGAGUGGAGCUCUGAUGGAGGUCCUGAAGGGAGUCUUGAUCACAGACUCUCUGAGAAGGGUCGCGGGCAGCGAGGGCAUUCACCUGCUGGUCAGCGUGGACCAGGACGACUAUGAGAAGGGACGAAAGCUGCUUCAAAACAACUCCACCACCUAAUGGUGGGUAGACGAUGGACUCAUUGACUCUCCUUUUUUGUCUUCUAUGCAUCAACUCAGCUUAAAGCGCCAUGAGUAAGACUCCUCAUAGGUGUAAUGCAUAUGCUGACCACUAGAUGGCAGCUUCCACCAUUUGAUGACUGGCUUCAUCACACACUUCAAAUUGAUCCAUUUUUAGUUGAAAAAAAUUUAACUGAAGUGACGUGUAUGCAUAUUAUAUAUUAAAUAUCAAACACCUAACUAUUAGUACCAUCAUGAUAUGGAGAAAUGUUUAUGUUUAGCUAUAGCACUUAUCUGUUUACUGGUAAUCAGGAGUCAUGAACACUUGACAAGAUCAUGUGCAGCCAGUGCUCACUGCUAUUCAUUACAGUGUGAGUUAAACUUGCUUGGAAUUUGUCACCUAUUUUAGUAUGCAUUUUCAGGCAGGGUUGUGUUGAGUAUCAGUGGGUGCUGGCCGCUUGCGAUUUGUGUUGCUGGAACAUGAGCACAGUGAUGAAUAUUUGUAACCCACAGGGUUCGUGGGAACACUGGGCGUGAAGCCACUGACCACAACACCACACCACUGUCUGAGACUGUCAUCUCCAAAGCACACUUGAGGGAAAGUAAUGUUCCAUGUAACUGCCAUUUAAUCUUCGCUUAUCAAACACAACCAGGAAAAGUUUCAGAUAUUUUGAAAAUUGUGCGUCAAAGCCCAGCAAAUAUUGAGAAUGGACUCUCUGAUUGACCUUUUGUGUCCACCUAUGGAGAGUCCAAUCCCUGAGAUAACAUGCAGUGGGAUUGUCAGCCUCAUGUAGCACGAUAACCCGAACCUGUGAUUGCUGUGGCCGGUGGAUGGUGCCGGCAGAUGACAGCGGUGAUUAGUGGCGGGCCUCAGCAGACCAUGGAAGAUUCAUCAUCUCAAAGUUGCUGCUCGGGUAAUGCUGCAGUGGCGGCGGAUGUCCGGGCCGAAGCUCAGGCAAGUGCUUCUCUUUGCAAGUGAAGCGCUGGACGGUGCGUCGGUCAAUAGAAGUGAUGUUGGAGAGAUCAAAAUCAAAAGUGCACAUCCGAGCCGCACUCAGACCCGCUAUGUAGGCCCAGUAGAGUGGCUCACCGACAGCUGUCGACUCAGCCUGCUGGAACUAAUGCCGGGACUUCACUCAUAGAAGUAGAUCAAUAAGAACCAGCUCUCUAAGUCCCCUCAUAAGCAGACUGACUUGCUAGUGUCUGAAGCAGCGGCCGAGGGAGGGACAGCGGACAUGCAGUACUCUCUGCUUAUUAAAAGGUUUGUUACUGUUCAGGGGAAUUUGGUAACAAUACUUGUUUCUUCUCAUCUUUCGUGUCGAUUUAAAGGACGCAGAUUUAUUUAAUAAAUAA